AUAAAAUGAAAAAAAUAAGCCCGUUAUCUACAGAUCCUCCUGAAAACCUCCCUAGACUCCCAAAUUCUUCCUGCUCCAACCAUGACAGAGAAAGCUCUCAUUCAAAAACAAGCUCAGAAGAUCGAGAGUCUAAAGUUAACAAUGUAUCAAACCAACAAAAAGAACAAGAGAAUAAGAGGAAGAAGGUCAGCAUUUUGAGUGAUAAAAGAAGGUCUAGCCCUCGGAAAAGUAUUAUUCAUGGGAACUUUAAUUCCUUCAAUUGGGCUAAAAAUGUAACCACCCUUCCUCCAAUCUCUAAUGCUCCAAAACUCGCAAGAAUGGAUAACAAUAAGGCAAUGGAAACAAGGAUCCCUAUUGAUGAAUUAUCUGAGCACAAAGAGAAUUCAUGCCCAGAUCAUGACAGAAGUGAGAUGAAUCUUGUACACAAUAACGGUCCUCAAGUUCUGUUAGAGAGCCAGUACCAGGCAAAUACAUCUUUUCAUGAUCAAAAGGUAGCCAUCGUUGAUAAACUCGAAAUGUUCUCUGAACAUGGAGUGGAUGGCAGUGAAUCUGAUUUUAAAAACCAAAGAUGAAUUUUCCGUGCACACGCAGGAAACCGGCUUAAAUGGGAAAUAUUCAUAAUAUUUCUUGCUAUAUGGAAUGGAUUCUCCAUCCCAUUUAGUGUUGCCUUUUAUGAAGAAGAUCAGGAAAAUAUUGGAUGGCUGAUCGUUAAUAGCUUCACAGACUUUUUAUUCUUUAUAGAUGUUCUAAUUAAUUUCAGAACAACUUAUAUGGAUGAAGCAACCUCUGAGGAAAUAUUUGAUUCUAGGUUAAUAGCCAUUCAAUAUCUGAAAGGCAGAUUUUGGGUAGAUAUGGUUGCAAGUAUUCCUUUUGAUCUCCUUGCAAGGCCUUUUUUCUCAAAAGACGGCGAUAGUACAGUGUUUCAAAUGCUAGGAAUAUUGAAACUAAUUCGAAUAUUAAGAUUAUCUAGACUUAUCAGUUUCAUGAAUCUCAAAGAUGACGUGAAAAUGUCUCUCAAGUUAUUAAGAUUAUUGUUCUUCAUUAUACUAUAUAUUCAUUUUAUCGCGUGAACUCUAUUUUUCUUCAGAAAGGAAAACUCUUGGCUGCCUCCUCUGGAAUAUGGGUGGAAAGAUGAAGAUUUAUUUCAAGCUUCUAGUAGUAGACAAUACUCUACAUCACUGUAUCACUCAAUGCUGGUAUUAGCAGGCAAUGAUAUCGCUCCUGCAUCUGAUUUAUCUUUCUUCUUACAAACAGCCUUACUCUUGAUAUCUUCAAUAAUCAAUGCUAGUAUUUUCGGUAAUAUUGCAGUGUUACUCCAGCAGCUUAAUCUUAAAGCAGCUCAUCUGCAAGAGAAGGUAGAAAAUGCUAAUUCAACAAUGAAAUCUCUCAGAAUCCCUGAAGACAUUCAGAAAGAAGUCAUGAAAUACAUCUUAAAUACCCAUAACAACCUUGAACAACAGAAUGAGUUGGAUACCUUUCUGUUACAACUGUCACCUUCUUUGCAGCAGAUUAUUAGAAAAUCAAUACUGAAAGAUGUGAUCAGUCAGAAUAAUGUCUUUGCUAGUUUAGAAGGAGCUAUUGCCUUCAUACUCAGAGACCUUUCAAUCCUCCUUUUUCAACCUGAAAGUAUCAUCAUUAGGCAAGGAGAUGAUGCCAAAGAGAUGUACUUUAUAGCUAAUGGAGAAUGAGCUGUCUAUGUCAAUGAUAAAAAUAAAGGUGAAAUUCAAGUUAACCAAAUCAAGGAAGGAGACUACUUUGGUGAAGUUGCUCUCAUCAAGGACUGCAAAAGAACAGCCACUGUAAAAUAGCCUAUACUGCACUACACUUGCUGGGUAUCACAAAGAUAGACUCUCUGAACUUUUUGAGAAAAAUAUAACACUAUUAAAAAGGAUGGAGAAAAAGAUUCAUAAAAAUUAUCAAGAUAAAUGGAAAAAGUUCAUGAUUACUGCCUUAAGAAACAUAGAAUUUCUUGAAACCUCAAAUAUUUCAGAUGAAACUAUUGAAGAGAUCACUUACAAGGUCAACACAGUGAGUUAUUCUGCAGGCUCGUAUUUAUUCAAACAAAAUCAAAGAUGAACUGAUAUCAUUAUCGUUGCAAGUGGAGAAGUAAUAAUCUCAAUAAAUAACAACCAACUGUAUGAUAUCAAGCUCGACAUUCUCUACCCAGGAUGAACAAUUGGGUCUUACAGCCUGCUAAAUCAAGAUGACCAUUGAAUAUCUGCUAUGGCUAAAACAGAUUGUUCAGUGAUCUUAAUAAACUACAGAUUAUUGGAUUUAAUCAGUAAUACUUUUGAAAAAAUCGGCCGAUCUAUUGAAGAUACGUUUGAUUAUAUCAAAGAAAAUGGGCUUCCUUUCUUAGAUUACAGAAUGUACAGAACUAAAUAAAAUGAGCACAACUCCAAAACAGAAGUUCAAAAAUGGAAUAUCCAGAAUUUUAAAAAUUGUAAAAUCAUACAAGAUUAAUGACUUCCAAGGAUUGUUAAUGGGGCACCGCAAAAUGCUACUUGAAAACAAGAAAAAGCAUGCAAAUUCUCUGAAAGCUAAACAAAGCGAACAAUUAAGAUUUAUUAAAGAUGAAACUGCCAUGACUAAUGUAAAGAUGAAUACCAUCUUGGAAAUGGUCUCUAGGCAAACUGAUCAUGUUUGUGAUCUUCAGAAAGAAAUCAAGAGGCUAAGAGCUCUUAUUGAUCCAGAGAAGCUUGAAAUAUCUCAGAAAGGUUCAAAGGAAGGGUCCGUAGCAAGUAGUAGUGAUGAUACUUCAUCUAUUCUUACAGAUCAAGAAUACUGAAAGCUCAAGAAAGCAUAUAAUAAUCGAAAAUAUGCUUCUGAAAUUGUGAACAAUGUUGAAGAAGAGAAGAAAAGUUUCAUUCAGAAGAAGUCUACCACAAGAGGGCUUGAUUUUAGCAUGUACAGUAGAAAGAAAAGCCUCAGUGCUAACAAUUCACUAGAUGUCCUCAGUCAUGGUGAAUUAAAUCAAAUGACCGAUUACCAAGCCAAGGACUCCAAACCUCUAAGGUGAUCAACAUUUUUGGAUAAGUCCAUUGAGAAAUUGGAUAGUUUUGAGAAGAAAAUUGACUAUCUUCCUACUUCAGCCAAACGCUAUCUCGAUAAUGAAGUAAGAGGAUUGGAGAUUAGCAAUUUCUCUUCCUCUUCAAAGUCAGCUUCCUACAAAGAUGGUUAGAAAUUAAUUGUGGCUUGAAAGAUGUCUGAAAGAUGAUUCAGACAAAUGGAAAAUAAUAUUCCAUAAUUUGGUACCA